AUGGUUAAAAAACGAAACACUGGCUUGUCUGCAAGUAAACGAAGGAGUGAAGAUGAUGCUGCUAUCCCGGUUGCAAAGAAGUCAAAGCAGAAUGGAAAGCAGUCCUUAGGAGAACAGAGUACGGAAGUGUAUAUACACCUGACUCCGAAGAUCUGCUUCUACUUCUCCAUGGAGAACCCUCUUCCCAAAGCCUCCACGCUGUCCACUCCCACUCCUGCCACCACCACACCUGUCAUCCUCACACCCGUCAUUCCUACACCCAUCAUCUCCACACCCAUCAUCCUCAAUCCUAAUUCUUUGUGGAACCCCACUCACAUUCCUCCGGAUGUCGAGAAGACCAUACUUUCUCAGGCAGCCCAUAGGGGAUACUUGCACGAAUCUGAUAUAACACUGAUCCGUGAGUCCAAAAACUCCACCCUCCUAGACAACAACAUGGCGUUCAUUGUCUGCUGUUAUCUGGCCUAA